AUGGAGCUGGCCUGGCGAAGCGUCAAGAUAGUCCUGGCAUUGUCGCCGCUCAUUGUCAUAGUGAUGCUCUUCUGUUGCACCAAGGACGACCCUGAGGAAGAAGAGUUGAGAAGAAAGAAGAAGUUUGAUUUCAGCUUGGAUUCCGGUGAGUGA